ACGGAUGAGCCCGAGGAUAAUCUCCCUCAAGGAGAAGAGCGCUCAGAGCAAUUUGUUCUAGAAGUGAGCGAGUACUUUGAACGGCUAGACUCAAUUCAAGUAGCGAUUCGCUCUUCACUCGCUCACAUCCGCCAGUCACGAAUCGCACCAUCCGCGAUUACAGCCCCUCCAAUCGGGUUUGUUCCCCCUUCACUUGGAGUUGGUCUCCCAAGAGCGGCCGGAACCAGUCGAGGCUUGCAAGAAGAACGCGUCGAUCGAGAUGCAUGGGUUGGCAUUCUAGACGCUCUCACACGUCUCAAAGCAUCACAGGAGUACGAACGACUGCUAAAGACUUCCUCAAACCACACAAUGGAUACAUGA